CCCGCCGCGAGAAGACGUCGCGUCGCGACACCGACGCUAGCUUUGAAAACGUUUGACUAUCAAAUCAGUGUCGAUAAAAAGCUAUUGAGUUUGGAAAAAAGCGUGAAGGUUUGACGAGUUCUGAAAGGGGAAGCCGGCGGGAACGUGGUCUUGUGGGAGCUUGGGAGUAAGAUGGAAAAUGAACUCAAGCUUCACAGAUACAGGACAACACUACCAGUGGCCCAAUUCAGCCGAGGAGACUUCUCGCUCUGGUCGGUGCUAAAAAACUGCGUCGGCAAAGAGUUAUCCAAGAUCACGAUGCCGGUGGUAUUUAAUGAGCCUCUGUCGUUCUUGCAACGGAUGCUGGAGUACUUGGAGUACGCGCAUCUGCUGCGGAUGGCUUCGGAACAGACCGAUCCUGUGGCUAGGAUGGAGCAUAUAGCAGCGUUUGCCGUAAGUGCUCUGGCUUCAAACUGGGAACGUCUCGGCAAGCCGUUCAAUCCUCUCCUGGGAGAGACAUACGAACUUGAGCGUCCAGAGUUCAGAGCUGUCUGUGAACAGGUGUCUCACCACCCUCCAGUGUCAGCGUUCCACGCGGACAGCCAGCAUUUCGUAUUCCACGGCUCUGUUCAUCCGAAACUGAAGUUCUGCGGGAAGAGUGUCGAGAUUCAACCAAAAGGACACGUCACUGUUGAAUUGCCGAGGUGGGGUGAGGCAUACACAUGGAGCAAUGUAAACUGCGUGGUCCACAAUGUGAUUGUGGGCAAGCUAUGGAUCGAGCAGUACGGGGCUAUGGAGGUCACCUGCCACGGAGGGUCUGGUCUGAAGGCUAACCUAGUGUUCAAGCCAGCCGGAUUCAAUAACAGGGACCUGCAUCGGGUCGACGGAUUCAUUACAGAUUCUAGCAAACGUCGUCUCCGGUUCUUGUACGGCAAAUGGACGGAGUACAUCAAGUGUUGCAGCGCGGCAGCCCACGAGCAGUGGUCCAGGGAGCGCGGAGACGAGGGUCCUGCCCACACCACUCCUUCGCAUACUCCCAAAAAAGUCCUCGCCAAACUGAACAGCUUCAAAGUGGGCGCUUUGCGAUCCAUGUCCAUACAAGAGCCUGAAGAACCGGAUCCGAAUGCGGAAGAAGUUCCGAAGCCGGAUGACUCUUUCAACAUCGACAUCCCAGGGUCAGUCACGCUUUGGGAAGCCAGGUCUCGACCGCCUAAUAGUGCUCAGUACUAUCAGUUCACUGAGUUCGCAAUGUCCCUAAACGAGCUAGAGCCCGGGAUGAAGGGUCAGCUUUGCCCGACCGACAGCCGUCUCAGACCUGAUAUCAGGUUGCUGGAGCAGGGCGACAUUGACGCGGCAGCUGCGGAGAAAACCAGGCUUGAAGAGAAACAGAGGACUGCGAGGAAGAUCCUCAAGAAAUCUGCUGAUGGUUGGCAACCUAGGUGGUUCAGCCAAGGCACGAAUCCGUACACGAAGCAAGAAGACUGGCUCUACAACGGUGGAUAUUGGGAUCGCAAUUAUCAACAUUUGAAGGAUGUUGAUAUAUUCUGAAUGUAAUCAAUUAUUUUAUUACAUACAUGUAACCCUGUCAUACAAGGACUGACCGGCCGCUUAUACGGUACACCGUAUGCUUGUAACUAACCUAUUAACCGAAUUCAAAAAAGGAGGACGUUCUCUGUUCGGAGCCAAGGUUCUUUUAUUAUUUGCUAUAUUUCGCAUCCAGACCUUGAAAUAUUCGUCUAAAUCUGGAUUUUCUAUCACUCCAAUGAUUAUACCAGUGAUCAGUAUUGCUCGAAAUAACUUCAAGUAUAUUGCUGACCUCAGUAAAAGCGUUCGACCAAUUGUCCCCGUGAAGACCUCAAGGACAUAUUCGAUUUAAAAUGGCAUGACACUUGUGGACCUUGGUAUAUAUUUACUGCACAGACUUUUCUGCAAGUCAUAUAAGCGAACGUGUUGUUCGCAUGUCUCAUUAUACUAACAAUUCACGGUCUGCAUGAUUCCGCUUAUAUUAUUUCUUUGUUCAGCUGACAGCAGCUAAUAAAGAUUGAUUUUUUUCACCUGUUCCAAAAGAUAUUGUACCGCAUACGAAGAAUAAAAAAAAUUCGUUCUAGUAGAUUCUGAUAAACAUUAAAUCCAUGAAAAUAAUAAGAUAGAUAAUAUGGAGAAAAUUAAUUCUUAGAAGACGAAAAGAUCAUUGUUUCUCCCUGUGUGACAGGUUUAUAAAUCACUGCUUUUCACUGUGUUUUGUAAGCAGUAUCGGUGUCAGAAGUAAGCUGUUAAUGGGCAAUUUUGUUAAAUGUAACAAUGUGAUCUCUUCUAGAAGUGUGUUUGUGGAUAAAUGUAUUAGGGGUAAAGUUAACUAAACAAAAAUUUACAAAUUAGACUUCUGACGAUAUCUUCUUGAUGGAUCUUUCCAUUGAAAUAAUUCGAAGACUUUUUUUAUUAAUUUGCUAAAGUGACAGCUCACUAAAUCAUUUCUUCUAGAAGUGUUUAAUAAAAUAUGUAUACAGAGGUAUACCAACUAUGUUUUGCAUUCACAAUGACAAGAAACAAUGUGAUACCUAAUCAUAAAAUAAGUACAAUUAAUAAAUCUAAAUAAACAUGAUAUCUAUGUUACUUAACAAAAGUGUUAAAUAUUUUGGAAAUUUUGUAUUUCCGUACUUUUCUUACCUUUAUGCUACGGUCAUAAUGUUCACCUGUAAAUUAAUAAGUAGCUUGCAUGUAUAUAUUAUACUAGUAAAACUUUUUUUAAGAACAAGAAUUUGAAGAUGAAUCUGACUUAUUAAAAGUUAUAGAAUUAUUAUUAUUGUUAGAGUUGAGAGACCAACGUGGGCAUGUGACUACCAUCUGUGUGCUUAGGGCGAGUUUUUUAACGCUCUCGAGAGCGUAAAAGUAAACUCUCGAUAGCGUAAAAGUAAACUCUCGAUAGCGUAAAAGUAAACUCUCGAUAGCGUAAAAGUAAACUCUCGAUAGCGUAAAAGUGAAAUAUGCAUUUGGAACAGCACCCCUAGCGACAAACGUAGGCAAACGUUCCAAGUCCAUACAAAUUUGAGUUAACUUUAACGCUAUCGAGAACGUUAAAAAACUCGAACUAAACACACUGGUGCGAGUCUGACGAAACGUGGAGUGACAAUCUCGAUAAACGCAACUGCUGAUAUAUUUGGCACGGAGUGCAAUGUGCAAUUUACUUGUUUCACAGCUCGCAGUGAUAAAAUCUCGCCAGGAGAGUAAGUGAGAGACUCAUCCGCAUUUAGAAGUCUUUGUGGCAUAUAUAUUAUAUAUGAGUCGUCUAUUAUCAAAGGUGGCAAUCUGUACAUUUGGACAAAAAAAUUUUAUUGAUAUGUCAAUACAGAUUGAUUUGAAUAUAAUCGUCUCCUUCAAAGAAUACGGUUCAAAACCUGCAUUAAAUAAAGGUUAAUAGUUAACCUGUUAUUUAUCUAAGAUGUCGUUCCGAAGAGUUUUGUGACUGCCAAUGGAAUACAAAGUCAAUAAUUCGUUUUUCUGAUUUACCAAUCAUUGUCCAAAAGUCAGAUUGCCAGCUUUGAUAAUAGUCGACUCAUAUAUCGAGCGACCCAUUUGUAUAAAUUAAAUAUUUACUUGACACGUGUGACUUCGUGUGACUUCACGAAUGACUUCCACGCUGAAGGAAUAAUAUUAUGUUAUAAAAAUAAAACCCGCAAACAACAAAA